GAGGAAAACAGAUGAUGAGCGAAAAGAGGAGGAGGAGGAGCAGCGAGGAGGCAGGCUCUCAGAGGAGAAUCAGCGACAGCAGCAGGACAAUGGGCUGCCUCCGAUCAUAACGGCCACCGCUUCCACUGACCGGAUUAGCAGGAGGGGAAUGUGAACCAGCGGCAGGAUGUGGCCCCCUUUAUCCCUGUUGAUCUGUUCUUCACCAGGCGGGUUUUGACGCACCAAAAAUGAUUAAGACUCAGCCCCCGUCGGCCACGGGGGGGAAUGGGACCUCUGGUGGGAACAACGGGGGCUCCAAUCUGCGGAGUGCCUCGCCUCACCGCAAUGCCUACGAGGCGGGGCUGGCGGCUUUGAAGAAGGCCACCGACCACCUCAACAAUGCCGCGAACGGAACCCCCAAUCCUGGCUCCAAACCGCCCCUCCUGCCCCGACCCACCGGAAGAGGCCAGCGCUAUGGGUCCAACGUCCACCGCAUCAAGAACAUGUUCAUGCAGAUGCAGUCUCCUGGCGACGAAGAGGACGGUGGCAAAAUGUUAGGAAGGGAAGAGGCACUGAAACUAUCUAUUCCAAGGGCCUCCAGCCUCAACGAGAACGUCAACCACAGCGCUCUGCUCAAACUUGGGGAUACAGUCUCAGAGAAAGUCAACAGGUUCGACUCUAAAACAGGCGGCGAGAGCGGAGGCUCAUCUUUUGGUCUCUCCAAACUUCAAGAGACCAGAAGGAUGUUUGAACAACGGACUCUCCAGGAGAAGCAAGCCGCCACCAACCGCAUAUUGCUGAAGAAGGAGCGAGCGUCGGGUUUUCAGGGCAGCCGCCUAGACGUUGUGGCCCGUUUUAAUGGUUCUACGGAAGCUCUAGAUCGACUGGAUGAACCUCCCGCUGCUGUCCCCUCCGCCGCAGCUUCAGGCGGCCCCAGCGAGGCGGUUAGCCCCACUGUGAGCCAACUCAGUGCGGCAUUUGAAAAAGGCGACGUGCGAAACAAUCUCUACCUCCCCCAGCGUCGGUCCGCCCCUACCUUAGCCCCUAAACCCAAAUCUGCAGCCAAAGCAGAUCCAGCUGAAAAAAAGGCACAUCCUGUUGGUAAGGAGAGCAUAAAGGAGAUAACGGCCGAGGCUACAAGUACCAUGGCAGCUCAGGCGCCAGAAGCAGCAGGAUCUCUACCAGGGAGCUCUGCGGGACAGGCUAUAGGUCAAGAGAAGGACGGGUCUGGACUGUCAGAAGACAUGUACUUGAAUUCAUCAGCGCCUUCAAUUACAGUGACUGUAACAUCCGCCUCGUUUGAGGCUAAAUCGGAUCCCGGUGCCCAGGCUGACGAAACUGAAGAAAUGGGUCCAACUAUAGAGGAGUGCCAGGCCAAAGAACAGGAAUUCCCCACCGAGGCGUCUGGAGGGACGCUGGUGCAGGCCCAGGUUCACGCUGCUCUAGAAAUAGGAGGGAAAGAACCUUCCUCUUCAACCUUGGGGGAGAAAGGCGAAGACUCUACAUGGGGGGCAAAGGAAGAGGACGGAAACGAGGAGGACGAUGGCUCGCACCGGGAGGAUUACUCUGAGGGGGAUCUGGUAGAUGUCAGUGCCUACAGUGGCAUCGGGGAGGAGGAUUCAGGGGGAAGCCAGCUGGACGACGAGGAUGACGAAGAAGACGAGGAGGCGUAUCAGCCAGAGAGCAGUUGCUCCGAAAUGCCUGGCCUCCCCGAGGAAGAGGAAGCUCCGCCACCCAGCAGGAAGAUUUGUUUCAGCACAGAGCCAAUUAAGGUCUUCACUACCUACUCUAACGAAGACUACGACCGCCGCAAUGACGACGUUGACCCCAUGGCUGCUUCGGCCGAGUAUGAGCUUGAAAAGAGAGUUGAAAAGCUGGAUUUGUUUCCUGUUGAGCUUGAAAAAGACAGCGACGGCCUUGGUAUCAGUAUCAUCGGCAUGGGAGCGGGAGCGGAUAUGGGUCUGGAGAAGCUGGGGAUCUUUGUGAAGACGGUCACUGAGGGUGGAGCGGCUCACAGAGACGGCAGGAUCCAGGUGAAUGAUCUGAUAGUGGAGGUCGAUGGGACCAGUCUGGUCGGCGUCACUCAGAGCUUUGCCGCCUCAGUGCUCCGCAACACCUCAGGCAAAGUCAAGUUUGUUAUUGGCAGGGAGAAACCGGGCGAGCAGAGCGAAGUGGCUCAGUUGAUCCAGCAGACUCUUGAGCAGGAGAGAUGGCAGAGAGAGAUGAUGGAGCAGAGAUACAAACAGUACAUGGACGACGAUGAGGAGACUGGUGAAUAUGCCACAGAUGAAGAAGAAGAGAUGAGUCCCAUGUUUCCCAACUCCAUCGAGGUUUUCGACCUGGCAGAGAACCAGGACUUGUCUCCUGUGGAGCUGGACCCUGAGAAGUUAGCCCACAAGUUUAAGGAGCUCCAGAUUAAACAUGCAGUAACGCAGGCAGAGAUCCAGCUGUUAAAGAGGAAGCUGGCUCAUGCAGAGCAGGAUAAGCUGCGUUGGCGGAUGGAGCGCGCUCAGUUGGAGCAAAACAUCAGAGACAGCAAAGAGAGGAUGGAGAAACUGGAGGGCUACUGGAUGGAGGCACAAUCCCUGUGUAAGGCUGUGGAUGAACACCUGAAGGAAACCCAGUCCCAGUACCAAACCUUAGAGAGGAAAUACAACAAAGCCAAGAGAAUGAUUAAAGAAUACCAGCAAAAGGAAAUUGAGUACCUGAAGAAAGAGACCGCUCAGUGGCGUGCACAAGAAGAGAGCGAGGCCACUCACAAAGAAGAGACGGACAUCCUGCAGGAAAAGAUUACAGACCUGGAGACCAAAGUGGAUGCCUUGAAGAGCCCUACGCCGUCCUAGACUGCUGCUAAGUCCUACCUCCCGUCUGUGACCAGAAGAGGAGGUGUUGAGCCUCCAUUCAGAUAGGGCUGUCUACAUUUCCGAUUAUCCAAUCGCUGCACGGACAGAAAUGGAAAAAUCUCAAAGUGUUAAAGAGGCUGAGGAGGAAGCGACCCCUCAUCCUGUCCCUGAAUGCACCACCUGUAAUAACCGGAAUCCUCCUCUUUUGUGUCUUCCUGUCAACCAGCUUGGCAAUCAACAAAAUAUCACAAUCACCUGACUCGGGCCCCAUCUGUGGAUGAUCCGUUCUGGUUUCAUUUUUCUCUCCUCAUCAACAGUAUCUCACCAGGUCCUAAUUAUAAUUCAACUGACUUCAUCAUUAAAAGAAAAAAAAAAAGCGCUUUUAAUACCCAGGCUCGUCACAAAGUGCUUUAUAGACAGUUGGCAUGAAUGGAGGACGAAACGGAAAAAAGGACAGAUGAUUGUUGCUUUUUGAACUCAGUGAACCACCUGUUUCGACUCUUCUUUUCUGUCCCCAUGAGGGCGAGUUUUUCUUCUGCUCUUUGGCGUCGAUCCAUCGACUCGACGAACACUGAGACGAACCGUCUGCCUAACGGAAUCUCUAUAGAGAAACUUUACACGUUUUUAUGGAAAAAGCCAAGAAACCGCCGGUAGUUGAGUAAUAAAUACAACGAAAACACAUUUUUCAUCCAAACCUGUGAAACUGCAGAGAGCCUUGGAAACCCCAUGCCUGCGGCGUCCCUCCUUCAGCCGACGGUUGUGUGUCUGCGAUGAGGUCUGAACUGCAGAGGCACCAUGGUGUAUAUACUCCCUACACAUUUAUUUAAAAGCUUUUAAACGGCUUAAGCAGUUCAGUGGUAGAUGUCAGGAGGAAACGAUGACCCCAUCCCUCCCUCCUCACUGCUGUAGGGAGGCUUCAGUGUUUCCUCCGUUUUGUUUCUUUUCUCUCUGCAUUAGUGGCAAACAGGGUGCGAGCGCUCUAUGCUGUGCAGCUAGAGCUUCUCACGGUGUCUGCAGUAUCUGUGGGCAUUCAGACUUCCAGCUCUACAGUCGUUUAUAACAAAUGUAAAUCUGCUGCAAGUGCAGAUGGCCAUAAAAUGUCUCUCUAAAGGCUUUCCCAGUUACAAUAUGGGGUUUUAACCCCUAUAGUAAAUUUUAUAAAGAAGAACCUAGCUUCAUUAACGUGCGCUAAACCCUAAACAAAUACUAUUUGAUUCAGUUUCAGUAUUUAGUCCUCCUGAGUUUGCAGCUGUCACCAGUCCUAUUGAAUCUGAAUUUAGCUGCCCUAGCAAGACUGUCAUGACAUUUUCUUAU